CUUGAUCCCAAGAAAUAUCCGAACAGUGGAAAUAUAGCUAUGGUGCGAUGGCAGGUCGACUGAUAGUGCUCCUAAGCGAAAGAAGGAGUUGGACUCUCAACCGGGAGGCUCAUAUCGGCAGGAGAGGGAGGGAAGCCGAAACAACCUAUAUGGAACUACGAAGCGCUCAGAAGCGUGCUCGAAGGGAAAGUUUGUCUGAUGCUAUAAGUGUAGCUGCUGUCGCCUUUGCUGCUGCUCUCAAAGGGAGAGGGAUAAGGAUCAGGAACCGCCCACUUCAGUAGUGCCAAGUGGUGUUUCUCCUGGACAAUCAGUGGAGUUACGCAUGAAGAAUAUGAACAGCUGCAUUACUUACAGCAGCUGUAUGAUGAUGGCAUUCUACUGCAGAAGAGUAUCAUGAGCAGAAACAACUAUAUAUUACCUCUUUCAUUACCUCAAUUCGUAAACUCAUGAAUUAUUUCCUUGGAUUUUUGGUAGUUACAUGUGUGAGAUUGCAUUUGAAAAGUUCAUUAUCAAUCUAUUCC